UCUACUGCCCUAUAUUUACGACAAAGAAUAUCUGUUUCGGGCCCUGCUUCGACAUCCUUACCCGUCAUGUCGACCUCAGCUACGGCAACGGCUCUGCCAUCUCAGACCGCACCUCCACCACCAUCAAAUAGCGGUCCUACGAGUUCGCCUCUUCUCUUCUUCGUUGCCCUCGGUUUUGGUGUGGUCUUCACCAAUCUAUGGAUCAUCGUUGGUGUCAAGUACUGCUUCCGCUACAAUCAGCGUAAUCGCGCUGCCCGUCAAGCCCAGGAUGGAGAUCCCAUUGACCUGGCUGCUAUGCCGCGUCCACAUAGGAGGAGGAGGGAAAAGAAACUGAUGACCAUGGAGGAGGUUAACGAACGCUUCUCUUUGAUGAAGUACAAACAGUGGAAGGCCAGCCGCGAGAACGAAGGAUUACCAGCAGCCGGUGGGAUAGCAACAGCACCGCAAAGUCGAGCCAACAGUGUGAAAGAUGUUGAAGGAAUUGUGGCUCCCGUACAGGAUGAUGGCGCCUCUGAUCAGAAACCCGCUGCCGCUUUGGCCCAGGCUCAGGAACCUCAUACGGCAGACGCAUCAAUGCAAAAGGAAAUUGGAACUUCUGACAAAGCUGCCAAGUCGACGGGAGAAGACCAGAAACAGGCGACUGAAAAGGAUGCUGCACUGGUGCAGACGCAAACAGCCACGAGUCACUACGAUCCAGUCAAGCCUAGCUCGGCUGAUCAAGAUGGCGAUGAGUCCGACGACGACGACCCGAUACGAACCGCCGCUGCUCCUGAGAUGCUCGCUGAGCCCGGCGAUACUUGUGCUAUCUGUUUGGAUGUCUUGGAGGAUGACGACGAUGUGAGAGGGCUGACCUGUGGCCAUGCUUUCCACGCCAGCUGCGUUGACCCAUGGUUGACGAGCCGCCGUGCCUGCUGCCCUCUCUGCAAGGCUGAUUAUUAUGUACCCAAGCCCCGCGCGCCUACAGACAACGAAGCAUUGGAGCAGACAACCUCCAACCGCCGUUCGACUGGCCUCAGGUCACCUACCGUUCCGCCGGCCGUCUGGAACAGCUCACGUGUUCCUUUUUCGCGUCCUCGCGUCAUUGUGGUUGCUACCCCCGAUAGACGGAAUGGAAACGAUGCUGGUGGCCUUCGGCAAAUGUUUGGUUUCAGUCGUCACAGAGACCGUCAAGAUCAGUCUCAGGCCACUGAGAGCGUUGCGCCACCUCCACCCACUCCUAACGCUACACCUGCAAGGGCGAGAGGACCUUUCUCGAACUUGUUCUCCCGUCGUAACGGCAGUGCCAAUGCGGACAGCAACACUGCUGCAGCGCAACCAACACCUGGUCAACUCGAAGCUGGUAAUCGGUAG